AUGGAGGCCCGCGGACUGGGCAGGUCUGGCCCCCGCAGGAAGACGGGCUGUCUGACCUGCCGCCGCCGCAAGGUCCGCUGCGACGAGACGAAGCCCGUGUGCGCGCACUGCACUCGCCUGAGGCUGCAGUGUCAAUAUAAAUCCCCGUUGGAAGUGUCGACGACGCGCCAGCGUGUCGAGAAGAAGCGUGCUUCUACCGCUGCUGCUACUGCUGUUGCCCCUCCGCUGUCUGCCACCGUCCAGCCGUACUCCCCCGAUGCUGCUACCUUCUUCGAGACGGUCCUCCGGCCGGAAGGACACAGCUCAGCAGCAGAAGGUAUCCUUCCGGCAACGCUAGAUGCCAUUCCAAACGGCUAUGCAUCUGGAAUUCCAGGAGAGACGACGACGUUUGAUAUCAACGACUUCAUCGGAGGCAUCACGUCGGAGCUGCAGCAGAGACAGCAGGGCCUGCACAACGAGACGCUGCUCACUGCCCACGACGAGCCGGUGGCGUCUCUGCUGGUGGAAUUGGCGGCUACAAACGGUGCCAACGGCAACAGCAGUGAUGCUGGAACUCAACAGGAUGCAUCCUUGAACUUGGACCACCACACGUUCGGGAUCAAUUCCGCCUCGAGUCCGCCCAGCAGUGUCGUCUCAUCGACAGGACCAGGACCAGGGCCAGCACCCGAUCAUUCGAUGGGGGUGGUCCUCUCCAAAGCCGUGUACGAGGAACAACUACUGCAGCACUUCCAGCUCGUCGGCGCGCCGCCCAUCAUCUUCGCUCCUUUCGACGUGGAGUGGAAGUUUGUCCGCCCGGCCAUGCUGGCUCUGGCGCGGGAGUCGAACGCACUGAUGAACGCUGUGUACUGCUAUGCGGACGUGCACAAAUCGCGGCUGGAAGGGAGGAGAUGGACUGCGGCGCCGUCGUACUAUCGACUCGCCAGUGCGGAUGUCCAGUCCUCGUUAAUGGAGGAUAUCGGCGGCAGAGCGCUCGAAAAGGUCUUUGCGACUGUGUUUUUGUUGAUGCUGUCUGAGCUCGCGUCCUCUCCAGACCUGAGUCGCCCCGGAAAUUCCUGGCUUCACUCCGCGUAUCUGCUCCUCAAGAAAUUCUCCCGCAAGACCACAUCCUGGCGAGGAUUCGGCCAUCUGAUGGUCUCGUGGAUUUCGCUCCUCGACGUCAAAUCGCUCAUUGCCGGCCGCGAGGGCGAUCCGCUCGAAGAAUUGGGCGACUUGUCUGCACGCGUGGACGAGCACAACCAAAAAACCACUGCCGAUCCUCCCGACAACAAGCAAGCGCCCCCGUCACCAGCGGAAAAGACAGUCGACGACCUCUUCGCCGAUCCAACCUUCUUGAUCUACGACGCCAUCGUCGGCCCCGUGUUCCGCUUCUUCGUCAAAGCGCAGCAGGUCAUCCGGCGCAUCGUCCGCAUCGACCUGCACCACCGCAGCCGCGGCACGCUGACAGACGAGUUCGAGGUCCUCCAGAUUGCGCACCAAGUCGGCGCCGACCUCGAAGCGCUGUGGAACUCGCGCCCCGCGGUCCUGGACGUCUACGAGCGACCGGACAAGCUGCACGAUACGCUCACCCCUUCGAUCGCGGCGCAGGUCUGCCGCACUUUCAGACAGUACGUCGCCAACUUCCUCACCAACUUCAUCUAUCUCCACCGCGUGGCCUUUGCCAUCUACCCGCGCACCGACCGCGUCCUCGGUGCCGUGGACCGCAUCAUCAAACUCGCCUCUAUCGAGCUGGACAGCAGCAGCAGCAGCACGACCACAACCACAACCGGGAAAUCAACCCAUCGCGGCGUCCUCCCAGACAGCUUCCUCUGGCCGCUCUUCAUCGCGGGCCUGGAAGGAUCCCUCCCCCAACGACGCUGGAUUAUGGAUCAGAUGCGUCGCAUGGCGGCCACGGCAGAGGCAGACGACGACAACGGUCACCAUCAAAAUGGAGAACCGCCCUCUGUCGCUGCUGCUGCCGCCGUCGGUCAGCGACACCCCAAUGCAGACAAGGCGCUGCUGCUGCUGGAGGAGAUGACGCGCCGACAGGACGAGUCGAGGACGUCGGCCGACUCGAAAUGCGUGCGGCGGGAGCUGUUUCGGGAUUUUUUCAUCAUUAUAUGA